GAAACAAGACCUUAUCUCAAGAAACAUUUUACCUAUACUGAAUAUCAUAUGGAAAUUGAAGAAGUUAGUGGAAAGAAAAGCAAAGACGUCAUGGACAAUCUUGAUCUUGACGAGAAGAUUCAGUGGCAACAUGUUGGUUGGCAUAGCCAUUUUGUUUUUCAUAUUGGUGUAGAGAAGAAAGGACGUCGUCGUAAAGCAAUUAGAGCUCUGAAAGUUCCCAAAGCCUUGCAGGCAAAAAAUGUGCCAUCGGAAAAACAUCAACUCUUGAAGAAAGAGAUUCACGAGAAGGAAAGGCCACUUUGUGAAGAGGAGCAACGACGACAUCGUAAAGCAUGGAUGACAUCUCUAUUACUGCUUCAAGAAAUAAAGCAGAAAAUAAAUCAACUUAGAGAUUUGAAUAGUGGACUUAGAGCAAUAUCUAUGCUUUCUUGGAAUCCUGAUCGUCGCAUCGAACAAAACGUGGCGAAUUCUAUCUUCAGUGCUGCAAAGGAUGAUCUUCUCCAUGAAAUUGCCAAGUUCAUUAGUCCUCAGUGGAUCGAGCUUGGUAGAAAGUUAUCUAUACCAAAAAGAGAAUUGGACAAAAUUAAUUCUAAACAUAAAAAAGUGGAAGAAAGGGCAUUUCAAAUGCUUAGAUAUUGGAAAAGAAACAGUGGAAGAAAUGCUACAGAAAAAAUUUUACUUUAUGCUCUGACCGCUAUUGGCCGUCAAGAUGUUGUACAAUAUUUGCAAGAAAAGAUUCAGUGGCGACGUAAUGAGAAGAAAGGACGUCGUCGUAAAGUUUUUAAUUCUUCACAAGAUCUUACCGAUAUUGAGGAAUACAGAUAUUUAAAGAAUGCAAUUAGAGCUCUGAAAGUUCCCAAAGCCUUGCAGGCAAAAGAUGUGCCAUCGGAAAAACAUCAACGCUUGAAGAAAGAAUUGAUGGAAAGAAAGAUGGAACGAUAUAAAGAAGUUGUAGAUGCACUGUGGACGAGAAAUCAUUUAUUUUAUAAAGCUGUAAAUUCUACCAAUGUGGUCGCUCAAGAUGACGUCCAUGUUACCCACGAGGAUGCAGCAGCAAAUCUGGCCCAAGAUUAUGAGAUUAUUGCUCAAGAUGAGUCGAAAAUCAACAGUGCCGGGUUGACUGUCAAUCUUACAAAAUCGAGCAAAAAUUUGACAAAAGAGAUACAUGAUGUGCAUGGAAUCCAAACAUUGAAAUCGAGAGAAUUUUGGUCGCCAUCGUCCAUUGAAGCACCCUUUCGGCUUCUUUCAAAUAUCGAAAUACCACAUGAUGGAAAUCAGAAUGGUGGAACAUCUCGCGGUACGAUAACACUGAUUUGUCUGAAGGAUGGUGUUUACUCCGCCUUGACAUGCGCACAUGUUGCUUGUGCCACUGACCACCAGCAAACAUUUCUUGACGGAGAGCGACUGGUAUCAAUCAACAAAGCUGUAGAAACCUUGAAUAAACACGAUGAAAACAAGUAUAUGUACACACCGUCUAAGAGUGACUGUAAAGCAGAAAUUGGAUCCACUCAUCGGCACACCUUUGCUCAGUUUGAUAGUGAAACAGACAUCAUGUCUAUCAGUAUUGGCAAGCAAGAAGAUUUCAAGAAACUUAUUGGUGAUGAAAUGGAAGAUGUUGUGUUGAACUUGGAUGAUGCAAAUUUAGAACUUCAACGAAGGGUUGAAGACAACAAGGAGGCUGUUAAAGUCCGCACAGCCACUGGUGUCGAGGGCUUCAUCAGUGAACUGAAUUAUGAAUAUUGGUGUAAAAAUUCCACACGUCGCAUUUUCCAGAAUGCUAUCAAGAUAAAAAGUUGUCAAACAUUUCUUGAUUCUGGUGAUUCUGGUACUCUUGUUUGGUUUUUGGAUGAAAAAGAAAAUUGGCAACCGUUUGCGUAUGGAGUUUGCGAAGUAUGUGAUGAUGGUGACAGCGGUUCAGAAAAAAGUUACAUCUGCCUGAAGUUGAACCACGGCUUAAAAGCUCUUGGUCUUCAGAAUGGUCAAUUUCUUAGACUUCGGGACAAUGGUCUUACUGUAUACAACAGUGCUAAAAGCGGCGAUGGUGAAGGAGGUGCAGCUAACAAAAAAGACUCUAAAGUGGCACUGAAAUUUCGACGCAUUAAUUAUAAACGUCGACAAGAUUCGAUUUCCCGUGUUCAUCAACAGCCACCGUCAAAAAAAUUAAAAAACAUGGAAUUCUCGUCAAAAGAUAAUGAAAAGAAUCCAGUCACAUCAACUGGUGCUCGGUUGACAUCGGAAAUUACAGGUACCGAUGACUUUCAAUACUUCAAAAAAAAAUUUCUCACCGACGAUUUCAAAAUGAGCAAUGACGUGCAUAAGAAAUUGAAAAGCUUUGAUUGGUUUUGUGGAAAAUGUGGAACAGCGGGUCCAACUGACCAGAUGCCAUAUCUUCACUUGUACAUGGUCGUUGAUUACACUAACGGAAUAACUGAUCAUAAUAUGAAACAAGAAAUCAACGAGAAACUUGGUUGGCAAGCUUCAAAGUACAUCGAAUUCCGACCAAACGACCCGUCAAAGGUGUGGAAGGUUCGACCUCUAUCCAACAAGCGACUGGAAGUGGAACGCGAUGAUAUUCCUUACAUGCGAUCCAGUGGCACGUUGACAAUGUUCCGCAUGAAAGAUGGAGAACAAUACGCGUUGAGCUGUUUCCACGUUGGUUAUGAAAUUGGCCGGAUACGGAACGAUGACGUUAACCCGUUUUUGGCAAUUCAAGAUGAAAUUGAAGUAAACAGAAAUGCCACUCAGCGAUUUAUGGAAGAAAAUAAGUAUUAUCUCUCAGAUGAUGACGAAGUGGUUGGUAAUUUUUCCCAGUUUGAUUUUGGACCUGAAACUGAUAUCAUGGCCAUCAAAGUUGAUGAAGUUAAAAUGAAAAAUAUUUCAGAUGAAAUGGAGAACUAUUCUCAUGACGUAUUGUCGAGGCUUUUUCUUAGAAAGCAUCGUGGUGAAGAGAACAUUGUUCAAAAAGCUCAAGAAAUUUUUGGAAACAUUGAGGAUCUAAUGUUUAAUUUUGAUGAUGAAGACGGAAGACCCGUAUUUUGUAACGCAGUGUUGGUAAAAAGUGAUGUUGAGUUUCUAAUGGACGGAGAUUCAGGAUCUCUUGUGUAUUUUUGUGAUAAUGAAGACAACCAAAAACGACCUUUUGCAUAUGGUGUUGCUGAAUUGAGCGGGGAAGACCAAAACGGAAAAGUGGAGACGUUCUACAUUUGCUUGAGAUUAAAAGAUGCUUUGGAAAAAUUGGAACUUAUGGAAAAAAAGUCGUAAAAUUGAAUGAAUUCCUUUGAUUGUUUAAUAUCCCAAUUUCUUUCCCAAGCAAUUUUUCCUGCAAAAUAAUUACCUUCUAUGUAACCGUAUGCAUUAGUUUGAACUUAAUCAUUAAUUUAACAUUUAUCCAUUUAUUUAAUUUUUGUUUAACUAUCCAGGCUUAAUUAUAAUGAACGAAUUAAAGAACCAAUUCAAAAGAACGAUUGUCAAUAAAAACAUACAUUUAAUUUGAUUUUAACGUAAUAAUUUAUAUUCCCUAAAGUUCAUAUUACUUAUCAAUAAUGUAAUAAUCCAAUAGUUCAAUAAUUAUGAAUAUGUAACUUAAUUGAGCAAAAAACAAGCUGUAACUAACCAUAUAUCACAUAAGUGAAAACCUUACAUAUCUGACCGCUGACUUUCUGAUUUCUUUUCUCAUAAAUGGAACGAGGAAAUUAGAAACAGUUGAAAACAACCCAUCCGUUUUUCUUCGUAAAUAAUUUUAGUGUACUUAACGAUUGAAUUGUCGUUACUAUACAUGUUAUUUGUCUAUUUCAUAAUUAUAAAUGAACCAAGUUG